AUGUUUGGCUUAUUUUUGGUGAUUUUUACGCUGUCAUCUGCGAUAGCUGUACAUUUUUCGCCUGUUAUUUUCGGUAGACCUCAUGGUGGUUUCUUAAAGGCACCGGACACAGCGGGACCCCAAACGGAGAACAAGUACCUGAUAUUCUCAAAUAUCACACAAAAAGUGGAUCAUUUCAAUGGAAACUCGAAAGCCACGUGGUUACAGCGUUAUGGGUACAAUUCGAAAUUCUACAAUCCAAGCAAAGGACUAGUGUUUUUAAUGAUUGGUGGAGAAGGUAGCAUCUCUCCUCCUGGUGAUAAAUGGAUUCGUGAUGAAAGUAUCACAAUGAUGCAGUGGGCAAAAGAUUUCGGUGCGGCCGCAUUUCUACUUGAACAUCGAUUUUAUGGACCGAAGGAAAAUUCGCCUACGGGAAAACAAGACACCGAAUCCUUGAAACUUCUCUCCAUCGAUCAAGCGUUGGAGGAUAUCAAAGAGUUCAUUGAUCAAAUGAAUGCAAAAUAUUUUCCGAAAACAAAAACGCGUUGGGUGACGUUUGGUGGAUCAUAUCCUGGAUCUCUGUCUGCUUUUUUCCGUGAGACCUAUCCAGAGUAUACGAUCGGAGCGAUGAGCUCUUCGUCAGCAGUCGAGGUGUUUGUCGAUUACUACGGUUACCUAGUACAUACUGAGGAAAAUUAUCGAGCGGAGAAUAACAAGUGUGCGGAAAAUAUACGCACCGCAUUCACGAAUAUGCAAAAAUUAGCGUACAGCGGGAAAGAUGGUCGUGAGAGGCUUCGGAAUAUUUUCAAUCUUUGUCAAUCAUUUGAUGAGACCAACGUCGUCAAAUCACUGCAAUUCUUCUAUUCUAAUGUGAUCGGGUACUUUCAAGCUAUCAAUCAAUAUUCUGGCGAUAACAGAGACGAAGCCACCCGUAACGGAAUGGGUAUACCGAUGGCUUGUCAAAUUAUGAACAAUUCGACAGAUGUCGAUGAAAUGGUCAGAGUGAAAAAAAUCAUGGAUUGGUACGUUACAAUGUAUGGAGCAAAACCAGGCUGCUAUCCGAACAGUUAUAAGAACUACGUUGACUAUUAUCGUGAUACGAGCUACAAUAACAAGCUUCUCGACGAUGUUGUUGCAAUGCGAGGAUGGAUUUGGCAGACAUGCACCGAGCUCGGCUACUUCCAAACCACUGACGGAGGGAAUAAUGGUAUUUUUGGUAGCACCUUACCGGUGGAUUUCUACUCUGAUCAGUGCAUUGACCUUUUCGGCCCGGAAUAUACAUUGACAUCAACGUAUGAAAGGGUUGCAAAAGUUCUCAAGAAAUACGGAGGAGCUAAUGCUUACAGGGGCACUAAGGCAGCAUUCACUAAUGGUUCUAUCGAUCCGUGGAAGUCACUUGGGCUUCUGAAGGGAAAUCCUGCGAAUAAAGUUGAUGCAUUCUUGAUAGAAGGUACUGCUCAUUGUGCUGAAAUGUAUCCAGCGUCACCAAAGGAUCGUAAGUCAUUGACGGACGCUAGAGUUCGUCUGAAGGCACAACUCAGUGACUGGAUUAAGGACGCUGCUACUCGUUCAGGAAAUACUGCAACACUCGGUUUCAUCACUUCAAUCCUGGUUCUACUCAGUUCUGUUCACUUAUGA